AUGCUAAGGCAUCCACUGAGAACUACUCCCUUCAGAUCAAUAUCAACAAAGCCAUCCUCAUGGGCAUCGUUAAGCUCAGCUCAGGCUAAAUCAUCGUCGCAGAGCACCAGCGCCAGUGCUGCCAACCACCAAAGGCUAUCCAAAGAGGAUGCCUCGUUGUUCUGGAAGGGAAUCCCUUUGGCCCCAGCUGAUCCGAUCCUAGGAAUAACUGAAGAGUUCAACAAGGAUUCAAACCCCAAGAAGAUCAACUUGAGUGUGGGCGCUUACAGAGACAACCAUGGCCAGCCUUAUGUCUUGCCUUCAAUCAAAAUGGCUGGGAAAUAUCUAUAUGAACAUGAGUCAAAUAAAGAAUACACGGGUAUUAAUGGCUCUUCCCGUUAUAAUAACCUUGUUAAAAAAUUCAUCUUUGGUUCAAGUGAAUUGGGUCAAUCUUUUAUUAAAAAUGAUCAAAUCUCAAUAUCUCAAUCUUUAUCCGGUACUGGUGCUUUGAAAAUUGCUGGUGAAUUUUUAUCAAACUGGUCUCCUUAUCAAUCAAGAUCAAUCUAUUUACCUGAUCCAACUUGGGCAAAUCAUCACAAUAUUUUCAAAGGUUGUAAUUUAAACCCAAAAUUGUAUUCAUAUUUUGAACCAUCAACAAAUUCAAUCAAUAUUGAUAAUUUAUUAUCGGAUUUAUCAAAAGCUGAACCUGGCUCCACUGUUUUAUUACAUGCUUGUUGUCAUAAUCCAACAGGAUUAGACCCUUCAAGAGAUGAUUGGGCCAAGAUUAUUGAAACUAUAAGUGAUUCUCAAUUGAUUCCAAUUAUUGAUAUGGCUUACCAAGGUUUCCAAUCUGGUUCUUUAUCAAAAGAUUUAUUUUUAAUUGAAAUGAUUUUGGAUCAAGUUAAUCAAUCAAAAUUACCAACUGCUUUAAUUUGUCAAUCUUUUGCUAAGAACAUGGGUUUAUAUGGUGAACGUAUUGGUUCUUUUUCCAUCAUCACUCCUAAUGCAGAAACAACUGAGAAAGUGGAUUCUCAAAUUAAAAAAUCAAUCAGAUCAAUCUAUUCAUCUCCUUCAAUCCAUGGUGCUAAAUUAGUUGAGAUUGUAUUAUCAAAUGAAUCAAUUUAUAAACAAUGGGAAAAGGAUGUUUUACAAAUGUCUAAUAGAAUUAAAGAAAUGAGAGUUGCAUUAUAUGAUUUAUUGAAAACCAAGAACCCAAAUUCAAAAUGGUCACAUUUGAUUAAUCAAAAUGGUAUGUUUUGUUAUACUGGAUUAUCAAAAGAACAAAUUUUACAAUUACGUUCUGAAUUUUCAAUCUAUGCAACCCUAGAUGGUAGAUUCUCAAUCAGUGGUAUUAAUGAUGGUAAUGUUGAGUAUUUGGCUGACUCUAUAGACAAGAUAACAUAA